AACACUGCUGACUUCCAGAGGCCAAGAUGACAGGUUUUGGCUCUCCCUGUGGAGCUUGCAAAUUCCUGAGGAGGAAGUGUGUCAGGGGCUGCGUCUUCGCCCCGUACUUCUGCCAUGAACAAGGCGCGGCGCACUUUGCAGCAAUCCACAAGGUCUUCGGGGCGAGCAAUUUCUCGAAGCUCCUAUUGCACCUCCCUUUGGCUGAUCGAUCUGAGGCUGCAGUCACCAUCUCUUACGAAGCCCAAGCUAGGCUGCAAGAUCCUGUCUAUGGUUGCGUCGCGCAUAUCUUCUUCCUCCAACAACAAGUUGUCAAUCUACAAGCACAACUAGCCUCUCUCAAGGCUCAAGCAGCUCAAGGACUUGGAAGCGGCAGUGCAACCAAUCAAACUCCUCAAGAAGACAAACACUCACCCUUCCAGCAAGAUGGUCAAAGGUUCUUUCAAACUGGGGAUGGAAGGAUGCUACCUCCUUUCUCUUCCAUUUCCUCCAUGAGUGUAGAAAACAUGAACAACUACUCCAGUGGCCCUUCAGAUCCCAACUAUCUUCAGUCCUCUCAGGAAUACGACCGCCAUUAUGAGAUUUCUGACGACCACAUGUCCUUUGGGACUGAGGGUGGUGGUUUUGCCAUGGCCUCUCCUGACAUGCAAGCUAGCACUUGGAGGUCAGCAUAUCAUGAUAUGGAAGACCUUCAAUCUAUAGCAUUAGCUUAUCUUGGUCGUCCAUGAGAUUGUGGACUAGAGUGCCUUUAUGAUUUUUGAAACUCAAUACUUCACAUGAAAAAGAGUGUGCAACGUGAUCAUGUAGCAGAACAAGUAGUUCAUCUUUUAACAUCUGGUACAUAGGGUGUGUUGGAACACCUAUAUCAGAGAU